AAAGCAAGCGAAACGUCAACCAAUAACGUACGAUUUUUCUCUAAGAGCAGGAGCGACGAAUUUAACAUUUUCAAAGCAUUUUAGCGUAAAAUCCAACAAAAAAAACCCACUCACAUCCAAGACCCAACCAACCAUGGAGGAGUCCGACGUUCAUAUCGACGUGAGCGGCAACAUGGAACCCCCGAAGGAGGACACAAAGCUGGGUGGAUUCAACAUGUCUUCGUUCACCAGUUUCUCCGCUCGGAUUCCGAGCCUGUGGGAGCUGUUGCGGUUAACGCGACAGAACGUGCGUCCCUGGUCCGAAUUUUUGCAGACGGCCAACUUUAAAACGGUCGCGAGCGUCCCCCGGUUGACGAAUCGGAUCAUCCGGAACUUGGGCUACUUCCAGAGUAAUUACCUGUUCGUGUUUCUCGGGCUGAUUGUCUACUGUUUAUUGACGUCCCCGCUGAUCCUGAUCGUGCUUGGAGGCGUUUUCUACGCGUGCUACAAGAUCAAGCAGGCAAACACUCCGGUGGCGUUCUUCUCGCGGCAACUCAACACGAACCAGCAGUGCAUCGCGGUGAACGUGGCGUCGAUUCCGCUGCUGUAUCUGGCCGGGGCAGGAGCCGUCAUGUUCUGGGUGCUGGGAGCGUCGUUUUUCGUCAUUUCGCUGCACGCGGCCUUCUACAACAUUGACGCGAUCGUGACGGAGGACACGGAGACGUUCCUCACCGAAACGGUUUAAACGAAAAAAAAAGCUGGAGAAGAUCCCACUAAACGAAUGUCAAUUUGGUCUCCGUUUCCGGCGGGUUGGUAUUGUAAAGAUCGGCGCCAGGAACGAAACCUAAAUCAAAAUUUUCUAACACGUGGCGUUUGAAAGCGCUUUGAGUGUCGCGAUCAUCACUAAUAGACGGUAAUGCUAGAAAUUACUAAUCGAUCUUUAUUUGUUUUUAUUAUUAGCCUUAUCCAAACCAAGUUCAGUGUAUGGACGAAUUAUAAUAAUCACUUUCACGCUCAUAUCAGAAUACUACAACUGCUGUUAAAUUGGUAAUUUGUUUAGUUCUAAACAUACGCGUACUAUACAGUGCAGUUUUCAUUUGAGCAAUAAACUUUCGUAACAA